CCGUAGGUAACAUAAUGUCCGGGGCUCAGGGCUAACCAUGUCAGGUAUUAACAGAGCGAGUGUGAUUAAAUGUGGGAGGUAGGAGCUGUGAGGCUGGCGGAGAGCGCUGCUGCCGCUGCGAGCUGGAAACUACUGAAUGGGAGUCUAACCGGCAACUUCACCAGACCGCUGUCUCACGGCGACACGGGGGCUCUGCGUAAAACCAAGCGGCGCGUCUCCAAGUCUGGGUCAGCCCAACUCACAGACGGAGAGGACGCUGAAGUUGGAUCGGGAGAGCAGCUUUUCACUUGUUACCGGCGCUCGGCUCCCACUAACAUGCCUGCCAUCAAAAAGGAGAGGCUGGAUGGAGACGACAUGGCAUUGACUGCGUUCAACCAGUCCGAAUACCUGGCCCCUUUAAAUGCUACAGCUAUCCCCGUGGUGACCCCGCAUCCGCCGCCGUACGACCACAUUUUCGCCCAUCACCGCGCGUACUUGGGGCUCCACGACUCGGCGCUGCAUCACCAGCACCUCCACCAUCACACGGACGACUUAAUGCUGGAGAGGUUCUCCUCCAUCCCAGACUUCCAGCCCUUCUUCGACAACGGGGAGCCGUGCAUCGAGGUGGAGUGCGGUGAAAACAAGGCGUUGCUUUAUAUCAAUAAAUUGUGUCAAGGUAGUAAGGGACCCUCGAUUAAAUACCGGGGCGAGUGGCUUACCCCCAACGAGUUCCAGUUUGUCAGUGGACGAGAGACUGCCAAAGAUUGGAAACGGAGUAUUAGACACAAAGGGAAAAGUCUCAAGACUCUUAUGUCCAAAGGGAUCUUACAGGUGCACCCUCCAAUCUGUGAUUGUCCCGGCUGUCGAAUUUCAUCUCCAGUGAACCGCGGACGCUUGGCAGAGAAACGCACCAUCCCUCUUCCCCCAAACCGGGUGCCCAAGAAGGAGCUGGCCUCCAUCUUCAGCAGUGACGACAGCGAAGGCAGCGAGCGGGCCAGUGGGGAUCAUGCCCACAUCAAACAAGAGGACGAGUUGCAUUACAGUAUCAUGAGAAAGAGUCGUGACAGUGACCUCUCUACAAUCAUCUCCAACCUGCACCACACCAGACAGCACGGCAUGCCCGAGGACGAGUCAGCCUCUGACCACAACACCAGUACUGGACACACAGAUGACCUUCUAGGCAAACGAAGAAGCUUCUCUCCCAACAGCAGCAGCGACUGUCCCUCUGACAGCAAGAAGUCACGUAGCGUAUCCCCCAAAGAGAACUCCCACAGCCCAGUGGUGGAGGCAGGCGGCAGCCACGGCAGCCACGGCCACAUGAGCCCUGAGGAGCACUACAGGCGCAUGAUGUCAGCGCUCAGUGAGCAAGGGUCCUAUGAGGAGCAGCAGCAACGGCUCUACCAGCUGGCAAGCAGCAUGGGUCUGCCUGGCCACGGUCAGUCCACAGGCUCUGUAUUUGUAGACAUGCUGCGUGCUCGCCAGGAGGCGUUGGCUGCAGCAGUGCGGAAUCCAGCGGCCUUAGAAGCUCACCUGCCCUCGGCGGGCAGCUCCUCUUCGUCCAGUCAGAGGCGCAAGCAGGGUCUUCCGCAGCACCGGGACGCACAUUACACUGACAGAGAAAUGUCCCACCCUCCACCCCUGCUGUCCCCUCCAACUGCCCCUCACAUCGCCUUAGGACCUCACCUGCGGCCUCCUUUCCUGGGCAUGCCCUCUGCUCUUUGCCAGGCCCCUGGUUACGGUUUCCUCCAACCAGCUCAAGCUGAGCUCUUUGCACGGCAACAGGAGAUGCUGAGGAAGCAGAAUCUGGCCAGACUUGAGAUGUCGGCAGAACUGCUGAGACAGAAAGAGUUGGAAAGUCUCCACCAGCGGCAGCAGCAGCAUCGUCUUCUGGGCUCCGACCCUUUGGGAGCUCUACCUCCUGGCCUGCCCCCCGACCAUCCAGCCCUGCGGAGCCUCCACGACAUCCCAGAAGGCCAUCCUCUUCGUGAGGAGCUGGCCCGCCGCUCAAAUGCAAUGUUGGUGCUUCGCCAUGGGGCUGCUACACCCCUCCUAACCCUCAACCACCACCACCAGCAUCAACAUCCAGGGCCACCCUCCACACCCAAAGACACCCUGGCACAGAGAUCCACUGCUGGGCCAGAUGCUGAAUCCAGGAAGGCCCCCCGCAGGGCCCCCCAGACACCGCUCCAUGCUGGGGAUCACACACGAGGAAGAGAGGACAGAGGAAGGGAGGGAGACAGGGAGGUGCAGGAUGAGGAGAUGAAGGACUCAGACAGUGAGACAGAGAUGUGUGAGGAGAGGCAGGACAGUGUCGGUGCCAAGUCCAGCAGUAAACCCAGGGACAGGGAGAGAGACGGGGGUAAAGAGACUGGCAGCAAGAGAGUGUGUGACAGUGCCAAGGACACUGGAGAGAGCUCAGGCAGGCUGAGCGCCCCUUGUAGUUCAGCAGGUACCGAGUCACCCAGUCGCCACCUUUUCACCUCCGGACUGGGCAAGUCUGAUGUCAAGUACCACCUGCCGCCUGGGUUCAUGCCACCGCUGCCUGCUCUUCACGCCCAGUCACUGCCCUUUGGAUUCCCCUACACCAACCCCUACUUUCACACGGGCUCUGUGGGAGGUCUUUUCAUGGAUGGGGAGGACUCAGCCACAGCAAUGCCUGUGGAGGACAUCAGCAAGUGGAGUGUGGAGGACGUGUGUGGCUUUAUAAGCAGCCUGGCCGGAUGUGCUGAAUACACACAGGUGUUUCGGGAGCAGGCCAUUGAUGGAGAGACAUUACCGCUACUCACUGAGGAGCACCUGCUCAACACCAUGGGACUAAAGCUGGGGCCUGCGCUCAAGAUCCGCUCACAGGUGGCGCGGCGUGUUGGCAGGCUUUUCUACAUGACUGGAUUCCCGCUGGCGUUCCCGUUUCCGCCUUCUGCCGCACUGCGCCCCCCAGAGCGUGAUCGGGACCCCCUCACAACGCCAUCUGACACCCCCCUGCCUCUCUCUCUGUCCCUGCCCCACAGACCCACUUCCACCAGCAGCAGCUCGUCUCCGUACAGCGGCCCCACCCCAGGGUGCUCUUCGCCCAAGCAGGAAAACAGUAACUGCUCCACGGUUGUGGGAAGAUAUGAGGCCAAAACUCCUUCGUAGGAGAGGAGAGGCAGGGGUGAGGAGGGCAUACCUGCCUCAAAACUAACCUUGACCCGGUGAGAUUGACUCCCCCCACCUUUGGACCUUUAUGUUGAAAUUUAGGGGACAAUAUUGGACUGUAUCCAACAAACCAAUCAACUUCUAAGUUCCUCUGCAGUGGCUAUAGCAGAGCAGAAUCCAAUCAAACUGGGUUGGAAGGGAGACACGUGAAGCGACAGAGGAACAGAAGACAGCUGGUCACAGACAGCCUGCCAAAAAAAGGAGCGAAGCCUUGCCACAAAUGCGACAUUCUUGCAAGUCAGACAGUCAGACGCUAGCGGAAACUCUUCCUUCCUUCCUGGGCUGGAGGAAGCUUUGCUCACUCACUUUCUUUCUCUUGUCUCCGUCUCUCUCACCACAAGCGCUGCAGAACCCAGGAAUUAAAAAGGAGACACCGCUCCCCUUUUUUCCUCUCCCUCGUUAGUUGAAGCAUAUGCUGAGCAGCACCAGAUCUGACCAGCUCCCUCUCAUCACUGCAACUAUGCAUUCCACUGUCCCGAUACCAAAGAUGACCGGAUGUGUGGAAUUGAAACCAUGUUUCACAACGUGUCUGCUUCUUUUUGCAUUAAUGUCUCAGAGAAAGACUGGUCCAACAGGGAAAUGCUAGGCUAGUGCCUCACACGGACUGUAUUUGAGGUGACAGGUCGAGCUGUCGUUUUACUGACGUACAAACGCUUAAAAAUGUUGGUGAAAUGGAAAUGCCUCAAUGGCGGCUUACGUCAUUGUAUGCUCGUGUUGACUACUGUGGGAGGUAGGAAAAACAUGCAAAAUUGUACAGAAUCAUGCUUAAGAUGAAAAUAUCCUGAAAGUUACAUACGUGGUACUUUUACUUUUUGUUAAAUGUAGUUGCACGAAUAAGGUUUUCUUGACUUGCUGAACUUUGGUGGUACUUUUGUUCAUACUCUUUUGUUCUGCCAUUUUUUUUAACGUGUAAUAUUAAAAGAUGCUCCAAUCUUGAAUGCUACUUCAGCAUAUAAAUGAGAAAAAAAUUAUUUAUAGGACUUUUGAUGUAGUAGAUAAAGCAGAUUAUGAUAUGUAUUAUAAUUAGCCCUUAAGAUGGAUUCCAAAGAUACUUUUACUUUGUUUUUCUCUUGGUUGCAGGGAAAAGAAAGGCACAAAGCUCUUAAUGCAAAUGUUUUGAAUUUGUUAUGGAUUUCUUUUUUAAUCUACGCAAGCAAUGAAUUAAAAAAAAUGGUCUCUAGAUUUCCCUUCAAAAGUUUUGUCUUCAUCCUAUUUUUCUAUUCACCACACAGGUGAAAUAAAUCCUA